CAGUCUCGGAAUUGAGAAAGUCCCUGCGACGCAGCGAGGAUCUGGUUGCAGAGUUGAAUAUACGUUUAUCGGAAAAGGAUGAUGACCUAAAGACCAGCAACCAAACUAUUUUAACAUUGCAGUCUGAAAACGACGAGCUUGUUAGGGUCAACAACCGCAUUCAAAAGAGUAUGGAGGACACUAACCUUGGAUUAGAACGUGCGAACAAGACGGUCGCGAAUCUCGAGGAGAAAAUCUCGUACUUGCGAGAUGAACUGAAAGAAGCCCGAGAGUUAAUUGUCAAUCUGCAAAAGCGUCCAGAUCCCUUGGACGACAAGAGUAUGGGCGAGAAAAAUGUGAUCAUCGCUGACCUUAAGUUGCAGCUCCAAAAUUUCGAGCAUCACCGGAACAUGAUGCAAAAACAAGUUAACGCUGCUGUGAAGCAAGUGGCAGAGUUUGAUGAGUUGAACGCCAAGUACCAGAGCUCCGCUACUCAAUUGAAUGAGCUCCGCGAGCAGCUGAGGAACUCUGAAGCUAAACGUAUCAUCCACGCUCGAAACGAGGAGCAACUGCGCAAGGAUUUAGAAAAGUUGCGCGAUCAAUCCAGUCGGGAUCAGAAAAUGCUCUCCCUACGCAGCGACAUGAUCAAUGACCUUCAAGACAACGAGAGGGAUUGUCAGCUCAAAAUCGAUAAAAUGUACAAAGAAAUAACAUCCUUUGAAGAGGUAAAGAAGAACCUGACCCUGAAAGAGAAGGAGUUCAGCAACCUUUUCGGAACCCUAACAUUUAAGCAGAAGGAGCUUAGACGACAGGAUCACGCCAUCAAGUUGAUGAAGGAGGAAAAUUCAAGGAUUAUAUCGCGGCAGACCAAACAGAAGGAACGAAAUACUGCCAUGCAGGCGGAGAUAAUUAAUCUCAAGAAAAUAAUAUUUAAGUAUGCGAAGUUAGUUAUUGGUACGAACGGUCAGAAAUCUUUUGAGGUUGUGCCAGACUUAGAGGACGCUUCUAUUAAUGCACCGAGGCUGCAGCCACAGCCGCACCCACACCCACCGCAGCGCCGGCAUCGGUCCAUGUCCCUGUCGCAUGGAAGAAGUUUCUUUGAUCCACUGCAGCGCUUUCACGAACAGCAACAGAAGCUUCUGCAGCGACAACGUCGCUCCACAGACAGCCCCAGAAGAAUGCAUCAGCAUAACCAAGAAGACCGGCAGCAAAAUCCGCUAAAUAUUCCCGCUCCUCAGCAACAUUCAUCCCAGCAAAAUAAUCAACUAAAUCAUCAUCUUCACCGUCGACACCGACGUCACCACCGUAACUAAUACGGAAAUUAUUAAGAUAGCUUACCAAAAUUUGUUGUGAUAGUUUGCCAACUGGCAUUUGUUUGGUUUUCACCCAGUAAACGUUCUUUAAAGAAAUCAGA